AUGUUCUCACUGACAAUACAGAACAGUGAAUUGUUUACUUUUAUAAUCAUAUUCUUUGUGGAAGUAGUAAUGGGGAUCUUAGGAAAUGGAUUCAUAGCAGUAGUGAAUAUCAUAGACUGGGCCAAGAGAAGAAAGAUUUCUUCAGUGGAUCAGAUUCUUACCGCUUUGGCCCUUACCAGACUCAUUUAUGUGUGGUCUUUACUCAUUUGUAUACUGUUAUUCAUACUCUGCCCACGUUUGCUUAUGAGAUCAGAAAUGUUUACAGCAAUGGGCAUUAUCUGGGUAGUGAACAACCAUUUCAGCAUCUGGCUUGCUACAUGCCUUGGUGUCUUUUAUUUUCUCAAGAUAGCCAAUUUUUCUAACUCUUUCUUUCUCUACCUAAAGUGGAGAGUUAAAAAGGUGGUUUUAAUGAUAAUACUGGUAUCAAUAAUUUUCUUGAUCUUAAACCUGUUAUCUUUAAGGCUGUAUGAUCAUUUCUCAAUUGAGGUUUAUGAAGGAAAUGUAUCUUAUAGUUUGAGGAAUUCACCACAAUUUCCAAGAAUUUUCUUAUUCACCAACUUAUCCAAAAUUUUCUUAAUCACCACCUCAUCCCAAGUUUUAUUACCCAUAAACUCAUUUUUCAUGCUCAUACCCUUCACAAUUUCCUUGGUAGCUUUUCUCAUGCUCAUCUCCUCACUGUGGAAGCAUCACAAGAAGAUGCAGGUCAAGGCCAGACAACCUAGAGAUGCCAGCACCAUAGCCCACAUGAAAGCCUUGCAAACUGGGUUCUCCUUCCUACUACUGUAUACAAUAUACUUACUUUUUAUUGUCAUAGGAAUUUUGAGCUAUGGAUUGAUGGGUCGAAAACUAGUACUUUUAUUUGACCACAUUUCUGGAAUAGUUUUUCCUGUAAGCCACUCAUUUGUGCUGAUUCUUGGAAACAGUAAGCUGAGACAAGCCGCUCUUUCUGUGCUGCCUUCUCUGAGUUGCUGGGCCAAAGAUAUGGACACCAUGGGUCCCUAA